AUGACUCGGAGCAAAGGCAAACCGCCAAAACAUACACACAAGAAGAAGCAUGAUGAGGGCCAGGAGGGCGCAGAUCACUGGCAGGAUAUCGAAUCCAAAGACGAACGGGAAAUAGGCGAAGCAAUCACUGCUGUCUUCAAGCAAUCACAUAUCGACGAAUCUGCGAGCCCUCUCGCGGAUCCUAAAGUCAAUCCUCUUGGACCAGCCACUUUCCAUGGGAACGAGCCAUCAAAAGGAGCUAAGGUGGAUGCAGAACUCAAAGCCGAGGACGAAGAGUUAUUAAGGAGGAAGGGGAAGGCGUGA